AUGCUCUCAAUUGUUGCUGCAGUGAAGGCACCCAACACACACAACCGUUGCCGCGUGACCGGAUCCAGCGGAAGGAGGAGGGAAGGAAGAGAAGGUGAGCCGCAGAGGCCCAACAUGUUCCGGCAUCACUUCUGUUCUGCGGUGCUGCUCCUCUUUGUCGUGAUGUGCUUCGGCAGUGGUGGAGCUGCAGCCGCUGGCGGUAAUCCAAGGAAUGCCAUUGAUCCGUUUAAGGGGACGACGUCGAUAUCAUUUGCUAAUUGGAAGGAGUUUAAGGAGGACGGCAGGGAAAUCACCUCGCUCCGUGUUCCUGGCCUCGUUAAAGUGGGUGAUGAUGUAUUUGCCGUGGCUGAAGCGCAGUGCAGGGAAAAGAAUGGAGCCGACAGCUCUGCUGGGAUUGUCUCAAAGCACCUGGAUAUAAGUGGUGACUCAAUGGAUAUUUUGACGUCGGAUAUAAGUUUGUUUCGCAUGCAACUUGGGGACACCGCCGCGAAUAAUUUUGGGACAACGGAAUUGUUGCGGCCAACGACACUUGUAAUUGGGGACAGUGUCUAUAUGCUCCUGGGAAACUACAGUCGUACAAAGCCGCAGGUUGAAGGUAAGAAUGAGCGGGGCCUUUUGCUCGUGAAGGGAACUGUCGCUGAAGAAAAUGGAAAGAAGAAAAUCAGAUGGAAUGAGACCCAUGUGGUGAACCCUCAAGAAAAAGGAUAUUCUCAUUCCUUGACCGAGUUAAUUGGCGGUGGAGGAUCGGGCGCUGUGAUGGGUGAUGGCUCGCUUGUGUUUCCCAUGCAGGCCGAAAAAAAGGAUGGAACGAGCUUUUUACUGUCUAUGCGUCUCCCCAAUUCGGAGAACAAAUGGGAGCUUUCAUACGAUACGCCUGGUAAUGGCUGCAGGGAUCCAACCCUGGUGAAGUGGGAAAAAUCCGAAUAUGGCGAAAGGCUCUUCAUGAUGGCUCAUUGUGCUGGAGGCUACUAUGACGUUUACAGUUCUACUUUGGAUGGAGUCAAUUGGAAUACGUUGGGUGAGCCAAUUAACCGCGUGUGGGGCAACUCACACAAUCGAACAGGGGACGGCGUCCAGAGUGGAUCCACCACCGCAAUCAUUGAGGAAAAGGAGGUGAUGCUCAUCACCGCGCCGGUGUAUGCGAAGGGCAAUGAAGGUGGAAAAGGUCGGCUUCAUCUUUGGGUGACGGACAAGGCACGUGUGUAUGAUGUUGGGCCGGUAUCUCGUGAAGGUGAUGACGCUGCCGCCAGCUCCCUGUUGAUAAAAGAUAAUAAUAAUGAGUUGAUUUCACUGUACGAGAAAAAGAAGAAUGACGGAUUAUACAGUCUUGUCGCCGUGAGCCUGGGGAAGCAGCUGGAGCGGAUAAAGAAAGUGGUGAAGACAUGGGCGGCUUUGGACAGCGCCUUGCAAUCAUGCAGUUCCGGUUCCAGCGCCACUGUUGACUCGCCAAAGAAGGGUAUGUGCAAUGGUCGUGUUCCCACUGACGAGCUUGUUGGCUUUUUGUCUGGUAACUCAACUGGGACCGAGUGGAGGGACGAGUACCUUGGCGUGAAUGCAACGGUGACGAAUGGGGAGAGAAGGGUUCCCAAUGGAUUGACGUUCAAAGGACCCGGAGCAGGGGCGGAGUGGCCUGUUGGCGACAUGGGGCAGACUGUGCCGUACUACUUUGCGAACAACAAGUUCACUCUUGUGGCGACGGUGUCCAUCCACGAGGUGCCGAAGGAAGACAGCAGCCCCAUUCCUUUGAUGGGUGUGAGGAUGAAUGACACCAAAAGCACGGUUCUCUUUGGUCUGUCGUACACCCAUGAAAAGAAGUGGUUGGCCAUACCUGAGAAUUCCGGUAAUAUGGAGGAUGUUGAUGAGUGGGAGCUAAACAAGACGUAUCAGGUGGGACUGCGAAUGGAUGAUGAUGAUGAAUGGACUGUCAUUGUGGAUAAAAAGCAAAUCCACCAAAAGAGCUAUGAUAAGAGUCUGUUUAACUCGCACAGGAUCUCACACUUCUACAUCGGUGGGGACAGUAAGCACCAAAGUGCAACGGGCGGUCACGUGACGGUGACCAACGUCAUGCUGUACAAUGAGAAACUGUUUGGAGAUAACCUGGAUGAACUCAAAACCAGCGAAGUCACUAUUCCAUCACUGGGUGUUGAGAAACAACCCACAGGACAGGUGACCAAAACAGACGUUUCGGUUGUUCCCGAGUCAACAAUUGAAGGAAGCACCACCAGCCAUGAGGAAUUGACUGAGGAUGAUACUGAUAAACGAGAGGAAGAAAGCGUCCAUAUUUUGGUGCCUGCAGCGUCCUCUUCCACGGAUUUCGCGGGAUCAUCUGUUUCCGAACCCGCCAUCGCAGCGGAGAGCGCAGGGAAUGAUCGUCCAGAUGACAAUGCCCAGUUUCACCAGGGCAAAACGGCCCAGCAAGCCACGCUGAGUAAAGAGAAUAAAUCGGUGCAACGGGGUUCAGACUUGCAGCCACAAGACCCACAGCCAGCGGAAUUAACGGAGGUUACCGAUGUUGAAAUGUCCUCUGGAAGUUAUGAUGAAGAAAUGCCAGAGGAGGAGGAAGAAGCGGAUGACAGGAGUGGCGGAUCAACGUCUUCAGUGGGUGCAACAUCGGAUAUGGAUACGGCCACCGAAACAGUGUACAGUGAGCAACAAGUGCAACAAAACGUUAAGCUUGCCACUGAAAACAACGACGUGCGGUCCACUGGAACCGGAACCACCGGCGCGGAGCAAAGCCUCAGCCUCGAGGCGGGGGACGGAAAUUCCGAGAGAACAAUGGACUCAGACGGCAGCCUCACUCCUUCAAAGAGUGACGCCGAAACUACAUCCGCGGAGUACACCGACGGCGUCUCUCGGACUGAAGGAGCCCAAUUUACCGUUGAAAACGGCGAGGAGGCGCCACAGACGGUCGACACCGCGCCGGUGAAUGCAAGCACAGCGCCUGGAGGCGAAGGGACCCCCUCAACAAAAGGCGCGGCACGACACUCGGACAACGACACCUUCACCGGGGAAAUUGCGGAGCUGCUGUCCAUGGGUCUAAACCAUGACAGCACCGUGCAUGUGUGUGUGUCUCGGGUGUUGUUGCUGCUUCUUCUGCUGGGGCUGUGGGGCAUUGUGGCUCUUUGA